GCUUCAUCUCCCCAGCUUUCAUCUCCAUUCCAUCCUCCUUAUCUUCUAUUCUCCCUCUUCUCUUCCUUCUCUGCACCUGUUCUUGCUCUGGGAGGUUCGAUCGGGCAGUAGUCGUUCCAUCUUAACGUUGAUUAUCUUCUCUUCUAUCCCGUCCUUCUAUCACCCUUCUUCCCAUAAUGCAGAGAGCUCUUUCUUCCAGGACGUCUGUCCUUUCCGCUGCCUCCAAGCGGGCUACUUUUUCCAAGCCCGCUGGUCUUAACCUGCAGCAGCAGCGUUUUGCCCACAAGGAGCUCAAGUUCGGUGUCGAAGCUCGUGCUCAGCUCCUCAAGGGUGUUGACACUCUGGCCAAGGCCGUGACCUCGACUCUUGGUCCUAAGGGUCGUAACGUCCUUAUCGAGUCUCCCUAUGGCUCUCCUAAGAUCACCAAGGAUGGUGUCUCUGUUGCCAAGGCCAUCACUCUCCAAGACAAGUUCGAGAACCUCGGUGCUCGCCUCCUCCAGGAUGUCGCUUCCAAGACCAACGAAAUUGCUGGUGACGGUACCACCACCGCUACCGUCCUUGCCCGUGCCAUCUUCUCUGAGACCGUCAAGAACGUUGCUGCUGGCUGCAACCCCAUGGAUCUGCGCCGCGGUAUCCAGGCUGCUGUUGAUGCUGUCGUCGACUACCUCCAGAAGAACAAGCGUGACAUCACCACCGGUGAGGAGAUCGCUCAGGUUGCUACUAUCUCCGCCAACGGUGACACCCACAUCGGUAAGCUGAUUUCCACCGCCAUGGAGCGUGUCGGCAAGGAGGGCGUCAUCACUGUCAAGGAGGGCAAGACCAUUGAAGAUGAGCUCGAGGUCACCGAGGGUAUGCGCUUCGACCGUGGAUACACCUCCCCCUACUUCAUCACCGAUGCCAAGUCUCAGAAGGUUGAGUUCGAGAAGCCCCUGAUUCUGCUGUCUGAGAAGAAGAUCUCCGCCGUUCAGGACAUCAUCCCCGCCCUCGAGGCCUCCACCACCCUCCGCCGCCCCCUGGUCAUCAUCGCCGAGGACAUUGAGGGUGAGGCUCUCGCCGUCUGCAUUCUGAACAAGCUCCGUGGCCAGCUGCAGGUUGCUGCUGUCAAGGCUCCUGGAUUCGGUGACAACCGCAAGAGCAUCCUUGGCGAUCUUGCCGUCCUUACCAACGGUACCGUCUUCACUGACGAGCUCGACAUCAAGCUCGAGAAGCUCACCCCCGACAUGCUUGGUUCCACCGGCGCCAUCACCAUCACCAAGGAGGAUACCAUCAUCCUGAACGGCGAGGGCAGCAAGGACGCCAUUGCCCAGCGCUGCGAGCAGAUCCGCGGUGUCAUGGCGGACCCCAGCACCUCCGAAUACGAGAAGGAGAAGCUCCAGGAGCGUUUGGCUAAGCUCUCUGGCGGUGUUGCCGUCAUCAAGGUCGGUGGUGCCUCCGAGGUUGAGGUUGGUGAGAAGAAGGACCGUGUUGUCGACGCUCUCAACGCUACCCGCGCCGCUGUUGAGGAGGGUAUCCUCCCCGGUGGUGGUACCGCCCUUCUCAAGGCCUCCGCCAACGGCCUCGACAACGUCAAGCCCGAGAACUUCGACCAGCAGCUCGGUGUCAGCAUCAUCAAGAACGCCAUCACCCGCCCCGCUCGCACCAUUGUUGAGAACGCCGGUCUCGAGGGCAGCGUCAUUGUCGGCAAGCUGACCGACGAGUUCGCCAAGGACUUCAACCGCGGUUUCGACAGCUCCAAGGGCGAGUACGUCGACAUGAUCUCUAGCGGUAUCCUUGAUCCCCUCAAGGUCGUUCGCACCGCUCUGCUCGAUGCCAGCGGUGUCGCCUCCCUGCUCGGUACCACCGAGGUUGCUAUCGUUGAGGCUCCUGAGGAGAAGGGCCCUGCUGCUCCCGGCGGCAUGGGUGGUAUGGGCGGCAUGGGCGGCAUGGGUGGUGGCAUGUUCUAAGCUGCUCCCAGCUUCCUUUGCUAGCCUGGCCUCUUCCAUGAUUUAAAGGUUUCUCUUCCCUUCGAGCGUGUCUUUGCAUGUACGAGCAUUUUCUGAUAUAUCGGUGUUGAGAAUUUUCUGUAAUAUUUCCUUUGUUUCUGAUGUGUUACACGCCUGACUGCCCCUUCACCUACUCCGACUUCGUCCUAUACCUCGAUACUCAUGUCUACCUCUUCGAUCCGCCUCCUCUUUGAUUGACUCGAUCAACAUCUCCACUCCAUCCCAUUGGGCAUAAAAAGUCUUAGGGAGUCCUGUGUAUCAUAUAUGUACUUUAUGCAGUCUACGACAG